UGAGUAUUGGAAAACACUAAAACAGCCCCUUUUUUAACGUCCGGUAUUUAUUCUAACCUCUACCCCUUUGGUUUGACAGUUUUGAUGGGUUACGGUUGGUAACUAUUCUAUUGCUAUUUGUGUUGGUAGCAUUGGGUAUUUACAUUUCUUCGGUUGGCAGUAAUUUUUGUUACACUUUCAAAUUUCAAAUAAAUUUAAAAAUGUCUAAUAACAAAAUGAGAAAUAGACUAAACUUACGGAAUCAUGAUGAACAGUCCACGUCGACUACCUCUCUAACCCAGGACGUCUUUGCCAUGGGCAAUUUAGACAUCUCCGACUUUAUUCCUACCCCAAAGGAAAAUCUUCGGGAGUUAUGCGCAUGGGAUUUUAAUAUUAAAAAUGUUUUGAAACACUUUUUAACUGUGCGAAACGUACUAGGGAUUGCGGUUGUUUUUAUUUCGGUUCUGUGUAGAUACCUACCUUCCAAAGAAGCACUGUGUGUAGUGGUAGUCGAUGAGCUGCUAGCCAAUUGUCAAUCAAAAUUACAAGAUGAGAUUGCCGCAAUAAGGAAUCAAAUGAAUGAUAUAAGUACCAAUCCCUUAUUUCUAAAUUUAAUCGAUGAGAAAAUACAAGCAGCUGUACAUCUUUACGAUACUGACAAAAUUGGAUUGAUAGAUUAUGCAAUGGAAUCGUCGGGAGCGCGAAUCAUCUCCAUGCCUGGUACACAGGCGUUUAAUCACGCGUUUAAUCUUGCGGAUAUGUUCUCAACAGUUCCGACUGAUGCCAGUAAGAUAUUGCAACCGGGAACGUUGCCGGGGCAAUGUUUCUCGUUUAGGGGUAGUACGGGCAGGAUUCGGAUCAGUUUGGCAUGUCCGGUGUAUGUGACCGCGUUUACUUUGGAACAUGUACAUAAGAGUCUAGCACAAAAUCGAACAAGUGCGCCAAAGGAGUUUCAAGUUUAUGGAUUGGAUGGUGAAGAAGCUACCGACGGGUUUAGUUUCGGGGUAUUUAAGUACAACCUGGAGGGAAACGCUCUGCAGAUGUUUAAAGUACAAAAUCAAAGUUCAGUACUAUACAAGCACCUGGAAUUACAUGUUUUGAGCAACUAUGGGAAUCCUACCUACACAUGCAUUUAUAGGUUCCGAGUGCACGGCAAGGAAUAAUUGUCUAUGUAAAUAGUGUUACACAGAAAUAAAUAUUUUUGU